ACCGAUUUAAUUUAUUGUUUUAGUCGUGCAAAUGCCUCCUGUUGUAUUCUGCCUAUAAAUAUAUCUGUCUGGUGUACUGGGCUUUACCAAAUAUAUAUUUCCAACUAUUUAGACAACAGGGAGCUUGUGUUUACUGAACGUCUUUAUUUGUCAUAAUUUCUUACAGUUUGUUACGUGUAAACUGUUACAAACUGUAACGCAUAGUCUGAGGGGUAGUUCUGUCCGUAUCUAGCAAAACUAUCUUUGAAUUAAGCGUCUGCGUCUGGUUUCUUCCCCCGAGAUUAGUGUGAUCUUGAAGAACAAUGACAUAAGAUGUAUUUUAUUACACAUGAUGACCCUUAUCACAAACUGUAUUUUUUAUUUUCCUAGACGAAAAUGCCAGUUUGUUGGCUCAUUAGGAAAGAUGGAAGUCACAAACCAAUUGGAUUACCCCAUCUCCAAGCAGUGGUCUUAGGACGAGGUCCGGAAACUAGAAUAGCGGACAAAAAAUGUUCUAGGGAACAAGUUGAGCUGAAAGCAGAUUACGACAAGGGCUACAUAAAUGUGAAACAGCUGGGUGUGAACCCCACCAGCGUGGACUCUGUGGUCGUGGGCAAGGGCAAGGAGACGAAGCUGAAGCCGGGACAGCUGCUUCACGUCGUCAAUCAGCUGUACGCCUACGCGGUGGAGUUCUCCGAGGACACGGCCAGCUCCAGCUGCAAGCCCGAGAGACGGCAAGGCUCCAAAAGGCGUCCCGAGGAGGACGUGGGCGCGGGAACCCAGAAACACAAGAUGUCUAGAGCUGAGAAUGAAGUGAAGGCAACUGAUGCGUGCAGAAGCGGAGGAGCUGCCACUGGAAGUGCCCUGAAAAAGCAGACUGACGACACUGCUAAAUCGGAGGCUAAAGGUCAUUGGAGUCAGGGACUGAAGACUUCAAUGCAAGAUCCCAAAAUGCAGGUGUACAAAGAUGAGAAGGUGGUCGUCAUCAAGGACAAGUACCCCAAGGCCCGGUACCACUGGCUGGUUUUACCGUGGGAGUCCAUUAGCAGCCUGAAGGCAGUGCGGGCAGAGCACUGCGCACUGCUGCAGCACAUGCAGCGAGUGGCGGAGAGGCUGGUGCAGCAAUGCGCCACUGCUGGCAAGCUGCAGUUCCGCAUGGGAUACCAUGCCAUUCCCAGUAUGAGUCAUGUUCACCUUCAUGUCAUCAGUCAAGAUUUUGACUCCCCAUGCCUGAAAAAUAAAAAACACUGGAAUUCCUUCACAACAGACUACUUCAUUGAAUCACAAGCUGUCAUAGAAAUGCUGGAAAAAGAUGGACAUAUAUCAGUGAAGGAUGGCGCUGGUGAGUUACUGAAGCUACCGCUGCGGUGUCACCAGUGCCAUAAGGAGAUGUCGACCAUCCCGCAGCUGAAAGAGCACCUGAAAUCUCACCUGCCCAGGUAAAAGAGCACCUGAAAUCUCACCUGCCCAGGUGAAAGAGCACCUGAAAUCUCACCUGCCCAGGUGAAAGAGCACCUGAAAUCUCACCUGUCCAGGUGAAAGAGUGCAGAUGGUUACGAGAGAAAACAGCGGGCGGGACACGUUUCGCAUAUCCUGCCUGCAACCCCCCAGCCAACAGAAAGAGGCUUUCAGGGAUAAGGAGACACAUUUCAUUGUCAUACCACUACAGUAAUUGGUGUAGAAACCCAAGAAACGUUGUCUAUGCUUAUUUUGUCCAGAACCAGUCAUGGAGAUUUCAUUUAUGUCCCUUUGAAUUUGUCGUGUCGAUUUCUGUAUUUCCAAAUAAACAGCCUUAUUACUUGGGUUUAUAAUUAAACCAGUUAUCGCAUGCAACUAAAGGACACAGGUAUCAUAACGUUCUUUGCAUUAAAGAAACUUACAUGCAUUUCAUCCACACCAUCAAAAAAGAAAUUAGAGACCACAAAGGCAAUGGUCCAAAUUGUACAUAAUCUCACAACAAGGUUAAUACAUUUUCAGACACUGCCUCAUCAUCCCUUCCCAUAACCCCAUCUUGCUGGCUGGGAGUUACCUUUAGAUAUGGCGUCAUGCUGAACCCCUGCUAAACCUCAGCCCUUUUAUGGUAUGCCGCCAGACAUUUACUGGAACAUUCCAGAGCUACGUUCUCAUUUACACCCAAAAGCUGCCGGCAAAACAUUAGAGGACAUCCGGGAGCCUUACAAUAGUAGCUGUUUGAGGGACAGAUCAUACUUAAAGAUUUUUAACAAAGACUUAACCAUGAACACACACCUUCAGUGCUGAAGGAGCACGGGAUUUCUGUAAGGUCCAUGUUUUUGCUCCCUCCCAACUCCCUGUCAGAUUAUCCACAUGUUUGCGAGCUGGGAUGGACCAAAAACGUGGACUGUUUUGUGUGUCCCUGAGGACCGGAUUGGGAAACACUGCUAUUAGGUAAUUUGAGGUGUAAUCCCAUUGAUCAUGGACAAGAGCUGUCCAGUCCACUAUCCCUAACCCUACUUAUUCCAAGUAAAGUGAGGACUAAAUUAUUGAGGAUUAAUGAGGGUAAAGUUGUAGAUGGAGCAGCUUAUGGGUCAUGGUCCUCCAAGGUACCAAUGCUAUACCAGUACUAGGCACCUGCCCCCCCCCCCAAAGAAUAACAAGCACUGUAGUGCUGGAUCUCGGGACAGGGUGCUUGAAAGCCGGGUUUGCUGGAAAUGCCGCAACUUCAUACAUAAUUGCCAGCAUGGUUGGGUUGGCACGAAACGCAUCAGAUCAUGGUCAGGGAGAGGUUGGGAAGGGAACUUUAGACAUGCAGGACUUAAGUUACGUCAACCAACUACACGAUGGCUUAGUGAAUGGUUGGGAUGCAAUGGAGAGGUUCUGGGAAUAUGUGUUCAAACAGGAGCUACAGUAUAAUUUCAGGAACUCGCUGUCCUCCUGUGCGAUCCACCCCUAAUACCCAGCACCAACCAGGAGAAGAUUGCCAUACUGAGGAUUGACACUUUCCACAUCCCUGCCAUGCAUGUUGGCGGUCAGUGUUGCCGGUCAGUGUUGGCGGUCCUGUCUGGGUAUACCUACAUCAUGCCAGGACCAUGGGUCCUUCCACACCAUUCCUGAAAAUGAUGCUAUUCCCACGCCUGGCAAGACCAUCAAUGUAGGACGAAGAUGUUUUGGUGAUUUGGGAAUAAUUCUUCCAGGCUUUGACGCAGUGGAAAGCAUUAAAGCAAAGUGCUGCUUUGUUUCCAAUGAUAUAUGGUGCUUCUCCAGUGCCACCGGGAACCGUUACAUUUCCAUUACAAAGUAUACGAGCCGCAUCCGAUUAUGGAGGGAUUAUUCAGAUUUGAUUAAAUAAAUAAAUGCGUGCAUAAAUAGAUAUAUUGUGAAAUUUGGCAAUAAAUCAGUAAAUCUGAGAAUUUUUUUUCCUGUAUUGAUUUUUUGUUGGCUUCAUUCUUUCAGUGGUGCCACACUUGACAUGAAAUAAGCCUUGAAAUGCAAACUAUCAUAUUCACCCAUCACAGUUUUGAGGGAGGGCUCUGGUGAAUUUUGAUUGGCGGUUCAUUUUCACAAGUUUGUUCCUGUCUAAUCCAACAUGGCCACACUGGACAUACGGUAGAAAACCACCAUCCACGGUUUCAGUUAUCUGCAGUUGGAUGUGAUCCGAAAUAAAAAAUUGUAAAAUGUG